CAGCAAGAUGAAGCAGUGAACGAUGCACCGGUGCCACCAGGAUUACUCUCAGUAUAUCGAGUAUACUCGAGCGCCUCAACUCAGGCACCAUUUGUCAGUCCAACAGCACCAGCAAAUGAUGGUGCUUGGUAUGGCGCUGGUAAUAUGCAGCUGUCUUCGAUGAUUAUCAAUAUCCGAGGCAUGAACUCGCCAACUCUGCAUCAAGGUGCACCGGAACCGUAUUCUGGACCAGGAACAAUGCGUUUGUACAGCAUGCGCUUCUGCCCAUUUUGUGAACGGCUUAUUAUUUAUUUAGCAAAGAAAAGAUUACCGUAA